AUGGAGCCCAUCAUUAGAAACAAUGCGCCGGCGAUCCAGGUUGUGGCAGCGCGCACAUACCAGGAGGUUCCUGUGCCCAUGCCCCUGGAUGCCGCUGGCCCCGACCCCAAUGAGGCUGCCCUGCAGCUCCACGAUGUUGUGGGCGACCCCCAGGAGGAUUUGCCCGCACCCCUGCAUCUUCUGCCCCCACCCAGGCAUUUCGUGGAAGAUGCACUCGAAUAUAUAUUCGGCUUCAUGAACGGCGUUCAUGAUGAGCAGACACUAGACUCUAUCUGGAUAAGAAGCGAUACACCGUACCGGAUCGAAAUCAGCCUCAGAAUGCUGAAGGACACACUAUUUGUAACGUCCGCAAGUCUACAUCCCGAUUGCUUUAAUCUCGCUGUUCGUAAGCUUGCUAGCGCUGAAGUAGAGAGGCAUGCAGGCACCAACAUGGUUGGAGGAAAACAUUAUUUUGACUUGCAGUUCCAUGCUCAAUCACGAGCUCUAAGGUAUUCCUGGAUGCCGCAAGGGCAGCGCACCUCGACGCUGAUCAACAAUGCUGUUCUACAGCCCUUUCCUAGAUAUGAUGUGUUCAACUCCACAAUUUAUCUACUUCCGUUGUCUAUCCCGGAUUCAUCGUAUGGUCUACUUGUGGAUCCAAUUAUGCUCAGGAGCCAAGUGGUAGUCCAGAUGCUCAUGGUCAAAGACAAUCUAGCUGCUGGAAACAUCCCUCAGGAGAUUACGGCGGCCUUGAGGGGUUUCGCUGUUAUGUUUGUUGUUUUGGUAAUUUAUUUUUGUCUGACGUCAAUGAUCAUUUAG